AUGUUGAGAAGAAUAGAUGAAUUGUAAGAAUAAAUUUCUCAUGAAGCUAAUCUUAAUAAGCGAGAUCUUUAUCUGAAAGAACUAGAUGAAACAACAGAGCAAUUGGAUUAAUAAAUUGAAAAUAUUAGUGAAAUGGGUUAAUAACUUAGACUGAUAACCGAUUUUGUUAAUCAUAUCAGAAAAGGUUUAAUCAGAGUAGAGGGAAAAAUUAAUGAAAUGAAAGAAUAACUGAACAACAUAGGUAAUGAUAUUAAAUUUUUGAGAGGAAAAUCUGUUGAGUAAUUAUUUGAAAUUAGAAAAUGGAAAGUGUUGAAAGAAGCUGCAUAUAAAAAUGCUAAAUCCAUUUAUGUACCAUUAGAAACCAAAGAGAUAUAUAAUCAAGCAAUAAUGAAAAAAGAAGAUAAAUUAAGUAUUUUAAUAAAUUUAGAAGAAAUUAAUGAUUCAAAUGCAGAAGUGAAUGAGUUUUUAUUAGAUGAGAAAAAAACAGUGCUAUUAAUUCAUGGAGUAGCCGGAUCUGGCAAAAGUACUACAGCCAAGAAAAUAGAAGAAUUUAUUUGGAAAUUACAUAACAAGAAUAAAAAAAUUAGAAAUCAAAUUCUCAUACCUGUUUAUAUCUCCUUACCCACUUUAAGAGACCCUUUAUUUUAAGCAGUAGAGGAAGCACUUCAUCAAGAUGAGUACGGCUUUGACGAACUUUAAAUAAAAGAAUGCAAAGAGAUGUUAGACAAAAAAGUAUUCAGGUUUUUAUUGAUAAUGGAUAGCUAUGAUGAAAUGAAAUUAGAGAAUAUUUAAAAAAAUUUAUAUAUGAAUAAUAAAGUCAAACAGAAUUGGUCAGACCCACUUGUUAUUUUUACCACAAGAAGUGAAAUUUUUACAAGCAGUAAUUAUGCCUUUUGGUUUGCACCUGAUAAUAAGGAAAAUUUAAAGGAAAUUCAGCUAUAAAAAUUUAAUCCAAAUUAACUAAAGGAAUAUUUGAAAAAAUUCACAAUUCAGAGUGUUAAAAUGUUGAUUUUUGAAAUAUAUGAAAGGUAAACAUAAAGUUCAAAUGGAUAAGGGUAGGAUAUUAAUAAUUUUGAAAUUAGUUGGGAAAUAUUAUAGGAAAAAUGUUUAAGUUUAGAGUUUAAUGGUGAAGUCCUUUUGAAUUAAAAAUAAAUAGAGGAUAUUUUAUCAUUUUUGAAGGAUAAUUAAUUCUUUUCUUUAAAAAGUAAUGAAGCUUUAAGAAGUCUAAGGGUAUAAUUAUAAAAACUUUGGAGUGUUGAAAAGUAUAAAAAGAUGAUGGAAAACUCCGUAAAUGAUGGAAAUAAUAGUAUAAGUGUUGCCUUAAAUGAUGGCGAAAGCUUCUGA